UAUUUCCUGAAGCUUAGCUAGUAGCCUCUCUGAACCUGGUGGCAAAGGGGAUACCAUGUCCACCACUAUGUGCCAAGUGAUGGGAUUCAUUGUCUCAGCCCUGGGUUUUGCUGGCUGUAUUGCGGCAACAGGGAUGGACAUGUGGAGUACCCAGGACUUAUAUGACAACCCCGUGACAGCUGUAUUCCAGUAUCAGGGCCUUUGGAGGAGCUGUGUCACUCAGAGUUCGGGUCUUACAGAAUGCCGGCCUUAUUUCACCAUUCUUGGGCUUCCAGCAAUGUUCCAGGCUGUGAGAGCUCUGAUGAUUGUGGGCAUUGUACUGGCUGCUUUUGGCCUCCUAGUGGCUCUUUUUUCCUUGAAGUGUUUACGAAUUGGCAACAUGGAGGACUCAGCAAAGGCAAACAUGACUUUGACUGCUGGUAUCAUGUGUAUUGUGGCUGGCCUCUGUGCAAUCUGUGGGGUGUCUGUCUUUGCCAACAUGCUGGUCACAAAUUUCUGGAUGUCAACUGCUAAUAUGUAUCAAACAAAUAUGAUGCAGACACUACAAACAAGAUAUACAUUUGGUUCUGCUCUGUUUGUGGGGUGGGUUGCUGGAGGCUUGGCCCUGAUUGGAGGCAUUAUGAUGUGCAUUGCCUGCAGAGGCCUGGCACCAGAAGAGACACAUUACAAGGCUGUCUCAUACAAGUCUGCUGGAUAUAAAUCUGGAGUUGGAUAUGAAACCAAGAAGACCCCAGUAAUUGAAACAAAUACAAUCAAAAGUGAUGAUGGGAGACGUUCCUACCCUUCAAAAUAUGACUAUGUAUAGAAAUAAACCCUUUAGACAUGUGAUUCUGUAUUCUCCAUACAACCCUCUAAUUUUAGACCAAAGUAGAGUGUUUUCUCAAGUCUGUUCCCUUAUUUCCUUUGGUUUGACCUACUGAUGCUAGGAAUCUCUUCCACAUA